UGUGUCUUUAGGAGAACACUAAAAUCUGUGUCCAGCGGGCUCGUCUGAGGCAUCAGAAAUGGGAUUAUCACAGACCGCACUGUGGCUGAGAAGAGGUGAAGGGCGAGAGUGAAGAGUUUAUCUGCUUUUUCUGAUGUGAUAGCAACUUUGGCAAACACCACGGACUUCGAACUGCUAUCAGUGCUCUUAUUAUUUGAACAUCUGGGGACGGCGGGUGUGAUCUCACAUCUAAGCCAUCGCCUGUGGGUGAGAGAGCUCCUUGUAGGCCCAUCAGAGGUCUUUCCAGCCUGGAUCUUACUGGAUGUGUUGCUGAGACCUGGAGGCUGAGUUACAGUACUUUCCCAUGGAUCCAAACAUCCAGGGGUCUUUCCUGUUCAACAACAGCCUGAACCAGUUUCCCUCGGAACUCAAGGCCCCAGUGUGCCAGUACUCAGUGCCCAACUCUUUCUACAAGCUCAACCCGGGCCUGAACAGCCAGCUGCAGGCGGGGACGCCUCACGGCAUCAGUGACAUCCUGAGCCGCUCCAUGAUGGGGAUGGGCUCCACGGGCACCACCACCCUGCUGUCCGGAUACUCCACCAUGGGGGGGUUCAGCCCCUCCGUCACCAGCACGUCCAUGUACUAUAACCGAGACUACAACACGUCGCUGGGCGGCUUCUCCAAGCCCGGCGCCGAGUGCCCCAUGAAGGGUCGCAGUGUGAGCUGCUGGGCGGAGAGCGGCUGUGACUGGAGAGGAGGGAGGCAGCAGUGCACCAACAGUAGUGGUCCUCUGGGGGAGAUGUCAGGCAGGAAGAAACACACCAGACCAACUUUUAGUGGACAUCAGAUAUUUGCUCUGGAGAAAACCUUUGAGCAGACCAAAUACCUGGCCGGGCCUGAGAGAGCGAGACUGGCUUAUUCUCUGGGCAUGACGGAAUCACAAGUCAAGGUGUGGUUCCAGAACCGACGCACCAAGUGGAGGAAGAAGAGCGCCUCGGAGCCGAGCUCCACGCAGGCCAGCCUGGCGGGGCAGGGCGGGGAGGCCUCGGAGAACGAGGUGGAGGACGAGGAGUACAACAAGCCCCUGGACCCGGACUCUGACGACGAUAAGAUCCGACUGCUGCUGCGCAAACACCGCAGGGCUUUCUCCGUCCUGCGCCUCGGGCCACACCACGUCUGACAAACUUCCUGCAAAACACACACACACACACACACACACACAC